AAUGUGCCUGUGUAUGAAUUCCAGGUGGGGGUUGGAUCCUGCUACCAGCUCCCAGCAAGAGGGCUUGCUGAUCUGGGGCUUUUUUUUUUCCCCCUCUAAUCUUGUCUGUCCAGAGCCCAACUCUUUGCACAAGUGUCUCAGCUUCCGCACCGCAGUUCCCCAUCCUCCAUCCCAGGCUUCCGACGACAUGGAUGGACCGUGGGGAUAAAAUGGGCUUGGAGAGUGUCCAGAGUCACUGAUCUGCGGAGCGCCAUCCCCAACUGCCUCUUGGCUCCUGGCUUCUGCCCUCAUCCCAGCGACAUGAGCCUGUCAGGGAACACCCGCGCCUCCCGUCCCUGGCUCAGCCCCAGGCUGCUGCUCCUAGGGCUGAUGCUCCUGCCAGGCAUCGCCCUGGCGCAAGAGUGGUCCCUCCCUGGCACCCGCGUCCCACCCCCGGCAGACCCUGAAGGUGGAGACGCGAAUCUGCGCUGCGUGUGUGUAAAGACCAUCUCCGGAGUCAGCCCCAAGCAUAUCUCCAGCCUAGAGGUGAUUGGGGCCGGACCCCACUGCCCCAGCCCGCAGCUGAUAGCCACGCUGAAGAAAGGGCAUAAAAUUUGCCUGGAUCCACAGAACCUCCUGUACAAGAAAAUAAUCAAGAAACUUUUGAAGAGUCAACUGCUAACUGCCUAAAUCAGUACUUUUUCUAUACAAUGUGUUUCUUUUUUCUUUCUUUCUCUUUUUUAAGAAGUUUCAAUCUAACCUUGAAUAAAUCUGAUGUUUUUAUUAUCCUUUUUUAUCUACAUAAAUAAAAGAAAUCAAGUCGUGGUAUAGCCAAUAUUUCUUAAUAGAGCAAAGAAAUGAAGGUGACGCAUUACAGUUUCAUAGAAGGAAACAUCUCCAAAAUUUUAAGCAAAAAUAAUUUUGAAAAAAAUUUUGGUUUAACAAAGACUGGUUUUACUUUGUUAUACUUCUGCUGAUACAUAUUGCAUGAUUGCAUUUCCUGAUAACUACUUAUUUACAUAUUAAUGUUAUGAUUAGCUUUGCCAAUAAAUAUUCAUCACACUUAAGCUUUCUAUGCUGCCUUUUUUUUUUUUUUUUUUUCCUUUUUAGGGCCACACCAGAGGCAUAUGGAAGUUCCCAGGCUAGGGGUCAAAUUGGAGCUGUAGCUGCUGGCCUACCCCACAGCCACAGCAACAAAGGGUCUGAGCUGCAACUGGAAACUACACCACAGUUCAUGGCAACAGUAUAUCCUUAACACACUGGGUGGGACCAGGAAUUGAACCUGUGUCCUCAUGGAUACUAGUCAGUUUCCUCACCAUUGAUCCACGACAGGGAACACCCUCUGGGCUGCUUUUUUAAAAAAAUUAAAUAAAUCAGACUCUGCUUUUAUAUCCUUAAGAUGUAUACUUUAUCCCAGUAUA